CCAAUACUCUCUCGUAAAAGCACACUAACACUAUCACAUUUCAUACCAUGCUACUCCUACUACAGUUGCUCCCUCCAUUUUAGGAAAGUAAAUCCCCAACCCAAUCCCUUCAUUUUUCUUGCAGCCAUAAAAGCUAAGUUUUCUAGGAUUGAACAAAAACAGCCAAAAAAGGAGUCUUUAAGGUCAAUGUUUUUUCCCCACUGUUCAAACAAAUUAACAAGAGAAAAAUCACCCUCCCCUCCCCUCCCCUUUUUCAGUCUACAACCUCAAUUUCCCAUACAAUUUUCACCUAUCCCUUAUUUAUGGUAAAUACCCAAACCCUAUUUCCUUCCCUUCAUGCUCAAUCAUUGCCAUUUCCACUGUUGGUUAAUUUCUCCAACCCUAGCUCAGAUCCUCUCUCUUUCUCUCUCUCUCUCUCUCUCUCUCACUAAAUCAUGGAUCCGAUCACUCAAGAAAUGCUCUCAUCAAGCGGAGAAAUCAACACCUUCACCAUCACCACCACCUCGUCCUCGUCCUCGUCCUCGUCCUCAUCCAUCGCGGGCGCCAUGAUGGGCCCCGCAGCCGGCUCCUCCCCCACGACCCUGAGCCGAUACGAGAACCAGAAGCGCCGCGACUGGAACACUUUCGGGCAGUACCUCCGCAACCACCGGCCGCCGCUCUCCCUCGCCCUCUGCAGCGGCGCACACGUCCUCGAAUUCCUCCGCUACCUCGACCAGUUCGGCAAGACCAAAGUCCACACGCAGCUCUGCCCCUUCUUCGGCCACCCCAACCCCCCCGCCCCCUGCCCCUGCCCCCUCCGCCAGGCCUGGGGCAGCCUCGACGCCCUCAUAGGCCGCCUCCGCGCCGCCUAUGAGGAAAACGGGGGCAAGCCCGAGGCCAAUCCCUUCGCGGCCAGGGCUGUCCGCCUCUACCUCCGUGAGGUCAGAGACUCGCAGUCCAAGGCCAGGGGGAUCAGCUACGAGAAGAAGAAGCGGAAGCGGCCCCCUCCCCAGCCCUCCUCGUUGCCUCCCCCUGAGCGAGGGAUUUGAUUAGCAUAUUAUUGCAUGGGAUCAUCGUAUUUUUAAAAUCUAUCGUUUUAAGACAAUGAUGCUUCUUCAUCUAUUUAAGGUACUAAAAUCUAUGUGAGAGAGAGAAAGCAAUGUGUAUGAUAUACUAUGUGAAUAUUAUAUAUUGUGAAAAAAAGGCAAUUUAUGACGAGCAAAAAUUGGAGAUUUUGCAUAUCAUGUUUGGUGUUCCUUUUGAAAGAUUUUGAGGGUUUUUUAAUAGGUGUUGGCAAAUCAUCCAGAUAUGAAAGGGAAAAGGAUGAGAAUCAUAUGUCAGCAUUGUCUAGCACUAAAACUUGUCAUUUGCUCUAGGACGAGUCAUUCAUCAUCCCUUUCUAUAUAUACUUGUUUCCUUUUGCUAAUUUGCAAAAUAUAAAUGUCACUUGUUUUGUUCAUGUCAAAAUUAUUUAGAUCUACUAUUCUUGCCCUUUUUACUCAAGUUGGUGUGUUUUUUUUGGGUCUGAGAUAUUCUUUUAGUAUUUGUGUGUUUUUGUAUCAUCCAUUCGAUCAUGGGCAUGAGUAUUACAAGAAAAUUGAUUAAAUAUAAGUUUGUGGUUUUGUCCAUUUGUGCAAGUUUAUCUAUAACUCAUAAAUAUGCGAGUGAUCUUAUCAUUUUUUCAAGAUUCAAAUGUGUCAUAUCACUCUUACAUGUUCCCCAAAGGGAAGAUAGCAUUUAAUAAGCCGAGUAGACUCACAUGAACUCUUUCAACGGUUAAAUUUAGUUAGGUAUUCAUUAAAUUGUAUCUUCAUCCAUAUAUGGAAAAAGGAAAAAUCAAUUCAUUUUGUUGGUAUGUAGGUUCAAUCUCGAAAGUUUAAUGGCUUAAUUAGAAGCCAUCACAUAACAAAACAAUCACUUAGUACCAAAUUACUAAGAACCGAGUUUUCGAACAUUUGCUGGUGCUAGGUAAAUAAACAAACAUUUUCAAACGACAAAAUGAAGACAACUUAUCGAGUAAUAACUUGUGCUUUUUCUAAUAUACUCCAUAAAUUAUCGAGUACUGCCACGCUUGAUAAAAAUUUGUGUGUACCAUGAUUUCAUCUGAAGAAUAGUUGUAGUAUUCAUCAGUUGUGGUUUUCAGACAAAAUGUUUAAGGUUCUUCGAUUUCAUUGUUUGCAUGAUUAAGUAAUUGGCUGGACCUUAACUAAUUUGGUCCGUUUUACUAUGAAAUGUGUAAAAAUAUAAACCUGAAAUGCUUUCUGCAGGUUGAUGACUUUCAUAAUGUUGUGGAACUAUAUAUACACUAUUUAUUAGCAGUGGACUGACUGUAUAUAUCAACAAGUUAUGCAUCUUUUUUCUGAUAAUGAAAUUCUAUUUUAUUCAA